UUUUAGAUGAAACUUAACACUCGGAACGUGUGAUUUCCUCACUCAAGUGUUGUAACUUGGCAAAUAGACAUUAUUUCGUUUCUUCUCUCCUGUUCUACACUGUGGUCCCCUUUGCAUUUUCUUUUCACGUGCUGCAAAAAGAGACAAUUUGUCUUUAAGUAUUUUUAGUGUUACGUACAAAAUUUUGCCUCUCUGUGCGCCCUUUAGCCAAUAUUUGCGCCCCGAAGUGCAUGAGAAUUUUCACGUUUUAGUGAAAAGUGUCUCACGAAAUGUGUGCGGAGUUGUUGCACAGUUGAAUUUGGAGCAAAGCAGCAAUUAAGAGAUUCUCCAAGAACCCACAUCUGAAUAGUUCUGUGGAAUGUGUUGGAUUUUCUCGGCAAAGUGAAAAAAAAAUCGGAACAAGUGGUAAUGCUGAUAAAUGGAUUUGUACGUGGUGGUGAAACACAGAGUCUGGUGUUGUUGAACUUUAUUCAAGUGAUUUAAUGAAAAAUUAAUUUUCCGACAAUACCGUCUAUCGUAUCACUGAGUAUUGAUUAAAUUUCCACCACUUGUGCUACUUUUGAAGAAUUUUCUGCUAUCUAAUACCAACAGUGGGAAAAAGGCAGAAGAGAGAAAGAGGAUUUUCCACUGAGAAUUUGCACAAAACUAGGGAUUUAAAGUGUUACCGGGUGGUGAACUGUGAAAGCGUAGGAAAGGACACGAGCUCAGUGAAGCGUCUCUAGUGGCAUAUUAAGGAGUAUAAAUUCAACUAUUUAAUCAAAUAUAAUAUAUGGUGUGUUAUUUUAUGUUGUUGGAAAAAAUUGUUCCCGCAAACUGGAUUGGUUUACACUGCAUCGUAACCGAAUGUGACAUUAUAAAAAAUAAAUGGGUACAAUGAGGCCAAAUAAAUACGAUGUUACCACAGUUUACCGUCUAUGCGAAGAUUUUGUGCCUCCUGAUGGUGGUGAUGGGAGCAUUAAGUACAACUUUAGACACAACCUUGAUAUCGGGAUGCUCAGGCAAAGCCGUACAAAUGGACAGUGCCGGACGUGUUUUUGCUUCCGACCAGCAUCAAAAAAUAACCCUCUCAUCACAUAUAGUCACCUCAAAACAUGGAAAUAUUACAACACACAUAACUCUGUACUUCAAAGAGCAGCAAAGGUUCAUUUGCUUCAGCAAAAGGUGGAAAAUUAUAUCUUCGAAGAAGAAGCGCGACAAAAGAUGCUUCUUCCAGGAGACCCUGAAGAAUGGCAAUUUUCAAUACCAGUCGAUCAUCGAUGGAAACAAGUUUAUAGGCUUUCGCAAAAACGGUAAGCCUAUCCACUACGAUGUGGAGCCCAAGAAUUUGGACGCCAAUUGCCUGUCAUUCCUGAAGCUCGAUCAUACGAGCGUCGCCCACAUGAGCGCACUGGUGCCCUUUGAGGUGCCGGACGAGGCAAGGAGAGAUCAUUCCAAGGGCGCCAACAAGCGGAAGCACAGGCCACGAGUGAACCAGAUCAAGCACAGUCAGAAGGAGAACGCGGGCAGGUUCGAGAAGAAGGCGCCCAGGUACUCAACGCAGGAGCCAACGUCAAGCAUUCCACCAGAUCACAUACCCAAUGUCCGGUCGCUGGAGUUCCGCGGACGGGAGGCGAUGGAGAAGAGGCACAGGCACCGGAAGGGGCUGGCACAUCGCCACCCCAAGCACCAUCAGCACCAGGAGCCGGAGAAGACUCACUUCAGCCUCGAACAAUACUCAAGUGAUGUCAUCAGGUCACUGCACAAUGACGCCCAUCGACACGGCGGCUCCAAGCAUCAUCGGAAGGUAUAACCUAUGCCCCUGAGCCCCACUCUAUCUCUCUCUUCCCGCCCAACUCCUAUCUCUCUUUAAACGUACUUAAUAAACUUGUUAGUCAUUGGUUACAAAAGCACAUUGCUAGGCUACAAACCUCUACUUAUUGCAACAAUACAUUUUAAUAUGUAAUAUUUGUAUUUAGUGAUUUUGCAUUGAUAGGCGUAUAAAGAAGCAGUAGGGCAUCAAUUGUAAUCGAUUAAGGUGUGAAGGGUGUAGUCUCGAAAUGCUGAACAAUAAGUCAAAUCAAAGUAAGGACAAUUAUAUUCGAUUACAUUGUAGAUGAUAAGAUGAGGUAAAUUCACGUGAGAAACACCAAGAAAUUCUUUUCACUCUUUGACGUUGUUUAUCGUAUGACGUUUAUUAUG